GCGGUAUCGGCAACAGGCCACUAUAAUAUUGUUAAGCAGCUGCUAGAUAAGAAUGCCAAUGUUAACGCGCAAGGGGGAUUCUACAGCAACGCGCUCCAGGCGGUAUUAGGAAUAGGCCACAACAGGAUCGUUAAGCGGCUGCUAGACAAGGACGCCGAUGGCGCCGCGGUUAACGCGAAAGGAGGAGAGUACGGCACUGCGCUCCAAGCGGCAUCGCGAAAAAACUACUACCGGCUUCUACUAGAUAAGGGCGCCGACGUUAAUACAAAAGGAGGAUUCUACGCUAGCGCACUCCAGGCGGCAUCGCGAGGCUACGGCCAGACCACCGUUAAGCUGCUGCUAAAGAGGGGCGCCGACGUUAAUACGCAAGGGGGAAAGUAUAGCAACGCGCUCCAGGCGGUAUCGGAAAGAGGCAACAACGAGAUCGUCACGCUGCUACUAGGCAAAAGCGCCGACGUUAACGCGCAAGGGGGGAAGUAUAGCAACGCGUUCCUGGCGGCAUCGGUAAAUAGCUACUACAGUACUUUUGUACUGCUCCAGGCGGCAUUAGAAAAGGCUAGGCAAGAUCCUUAUACUGCUAAGUAA